AUGGACCGUCCCUCUCUCUCCAAGCAAGCUAGUGCCGCUUCGGGCAUCUCUCAGCUGGGGACCCCUUCACCACCGCCUGCUCCGGCCCAAUCUCUGAACCCCGAGUUCUUGAGCCCUGAGCAGGCCAUCGCCGGCGCCGGCGCAGACACAGCCGAUAUCGAAAGCGACGACAUCCACUUUUUGGAUUUUCAGUUGCCCCUCAAGAUGAAAGAGGCCGACAAAUGGGAGGCCAAGCACAGCCCGACGCUGUUCGUCCGCGCUAAAUUCGUGACGUACCCGGCUCUGCGACAACAGUUCUGGCGCUCCCUGUUGCGACAGUACGACACGGAUGAGAGCGGCCGUAUCAGCAAGGUCGAGCUCACGACCAUGCUGGACACUCUCGGCUCGACUCUGCGCGAGUCGACAAUUGACAGCUUCUUCCAGCGGUUCCCCCACAAGGCCAACGAUGAAUCCGGCGAGGACGUGUAUGAUUUGACCAUGGAUGAGGCUGUCAUCUGCUUGGAAGACCAACUGGAGGCUAAGAGCCGCCCACAAAUUUCCCUUGCAGACAAGGUCAAGGGAGUCCUCGCCGAUGCAGACAAGGCGGGCAAGAACCUUCUUCACCUACCGACUAUCGAGGGAAAGGAGAACAACCCGCAAGUCACGACGCAGAACCCGGGCAGCGCGGGCCUCUCCUCCGAAUCGACCAUCAUCGUCCCUGAACUCAACAAGUCGGGCGAGGAAGGAGAUAUUUUUACACAGGACGACCUCGCCGAAGACCGCAGUGGCGAGGAACACGUGGUUGAGAUCAGAGAGUGUCCCAUCUGCCAUCAGCCGCGACUUCACAAGCGCAAGGAUACCGAUAUCAUCACGCACAUUGCCACUUGCGCCAGCCAGGACUGGCGCCAAGUUAACAAUUUGGUGAUGGGAGGGUUUGUUACCUCAAGCCAGGCGCAACGCAAGUGGUACUCCAAGGUCCUCACAAAGAUCUCGUACGGAGGCUACAAGCUCGGUGCCAAUUCGGCCAAUAUUCUUGUGCAGGACCGGAUCACGGGUCAGAUUAAUGAAGAGAAAAUGAGCGUGUACGUGAGGCUGGGCAUUCGUCUCCUGUACAAGGGUUUGAAGUCUGGAAACAUGGAGACCAAGAGAACGUCAAGCAAGGCAAGAAAUUCGAAGAACCCCGCUUCCAAGGGCGGGAUUCCCAAAUUUAUCCAAUUCCAUCGACUGGACAUGUCGGAGGUCCUCCGGCCGCUUGAAGACUUCAAGAAUUUCAACGAGUUUUUCUACCGAGCGCUCAAGCCCGGCGCCCGCCCAUGUUCUGCUCCGGACCAUCCUGGUAUCGUUGUCUCGCCAGCCGAUUGCCGCAGCGUCGUGUUCAACAGCGUGGAUCACGCCACUACCGUUUGGAUCAAGGGUCGCGAAUUUUCCGUCAAGAGACUCCUUGGCGACGCGUAUCCAGAGGAUGCGAAGCGGUACGAAAACGGCGCGCUGGGCAUCUUCCGUCUUGCGCCGCAGGACUACCACCGCUUCCACAUCCCUGUAGACGGACGAUUGGACAAGCCAAAGCUGAUUGCGGGCGAAUACUACACCGUCAACCCUAUGGCCAUUCGUUCGGCCCUUGACGUGUAUGGUGAGAAUGUGCGAGUUGUAUGCCCCAUCGACAGUCCCAAGCACGGCCGCGUCAUGGUCAUCUGUGUCGGAGCUAUGAUGGUGGGCAGCACGGUGAUCACGCGCAAUGAAGGCGACGAGGUCAAGCGCGCAGAAGAGCUCGGUUACUUCAAGUUUGGCGGCAGCACCAUUGUGCUCCUGUUUGAGGAGGGCAAGAUGCGGUUCGACGAUGAUCUGACGGACAACUCGGCUGGCGCGCUCGAAACCUUGGUUCGAGCGGGCAUGUCCAUCGGUCACUCGCCCGACGAGGCGCAGUGGACUCCUGAUAUGCGCAAGAAUGACGAGGACAUCACGGAUGCUGAGAAGAAGGAGGCUAAGCGGCGCAUCCAAGGCAGCGUGGGCGAGGAAUCAUCGAGCGGAGACGAGACACCGGCGGCACGGCCGGACGCGCAGACGAUUGCGGCGUCCACGAUGUAG